UUUGGACAAUCUAAUAUCUUCAUUGUUCAGGUCAAGAUGGCAGAGGAUGGUGUAAAGAGAGUAACCGGUGCCAGUCCAAUGUUUCCAACAAUGUCCGACAUGUCCUCCAUCAGCAUUCCCUUUUCCGGGAGCCCAUCUGACGCAACUUCUGAAGCUGCUGUGCCCAUCCAGGAUGACCCGAACCUCUUCUUCCAGGCCCCACCACCCAAUGACCAGAGAACGAACUCCGGCCUCCCUGAGCUCACCUCCUCUGCUCCUCCACCCAUUGAUGGUAUUAUCAAUGGCUCUAUGCCUGGAGGAAAGAUGGGUCGAACUGCGUCCAUGCAGCGGGUGGCGAGCUUGGAGCACCUCCAGAAGAGGAUCCGUGGAACCCCAGGCUCAUGGGGGUCCGGUCCGUGGGAUUCUGCUGGGUGGGACCCGGAAACCUCCGGCAACAAGAAACAUAACCAGGUAUGAAGAUGUAUUUAUGCUAGCUAUUGUGCAUUGGAGCGUAAAAUUAAUCCCUAUCCCCAUUGUUAUCUAUUAUGGAUGCUGUAUGUGCUGCAACCUCUUGUUUGUCUAGCGUGUUUAUGAUGUGCUUUUGUGUCAUGAGUCUUAUGUAUGGGUGGUAUACAGAGUUUACAUGUAUUCGUCUCCCAUGGCGUUUUUGCCCAUUUCAAUGUAAAUGAAGAUUAGAAAUGCAAUGCAUUAGUUUAUGGACUU